AUGACCUCUCCCGCUCCCGUCCUCAAGACUCCGGUGCCUGGCGCACAUCGCAACAACAAGCUACCAUCGCUGACCACCGGUGCUGCGGCCCCGGCCCUCGCACCUCUCAGCAUCCCCCAGAAGCCCGCCAGUCGAGCACCCCCAAAGCUGAAACUGGCCACCAUGGGCACCAAGGCCACACACCACCAGGAUGCCAACGCCCUGCACAACGGCCGUCCGAUUCCCCAGCACUACAAUUCGACGGGUUCAACCGACAACAGCAACAGCAAUGUGCACUCGAGGUCGGGGAGCGUCACCAACCCUGACAAGGGCAGCGGGCCUCCCACCUCCGCGACAUCCUCUAAUCAAUCUGCGUUCUCCUUUGCUUACGGCCUUCGACAGCCUUACGGGUCGACGCCUGACCCGUCCUCGGCCAUCAGCUCGGUCUACUCCGAUCUCGGAGAUGGUUCGGCGAUGGAGCGAGAGAACAGCGUCAACGGCCUGACAGACCUCGAUAAACUCAGCCAGGAGCUCGGGCGCCCGCUCGACGUAGAGGACCUCGACGACGAGCGGUGGCUGGCCGCCAGUGAACAGGGCAAGAUCAUCGAGCUAGACAGCCUCGGCGAGGGAGCCGGCGGGGCUGUCACUCGAUGCCUACUCAAGGGAGGGAAGACAGUCUUUGCUCUAAAGAUCAUUACCACCGACCCAAAUCCAGAUGUAAAGAAGCAGAUUGUUCGAGAGCUUAAUUUUAAUAAGGGAUGUGCGUCCGACUACAUAUGCAGGUACUAUGGAGCUUUCGUCGACCGGUCGAGCAGCUCGAUAUCGAUAAUCAUGGAGCUAUGUGAGGGUGGCAGCUUGGACAGCAUCUACAGAGAAGUCAAGAAACUCGGUGGUCGAACGGGGGAGAAGGUGCUAGGAAAGGUCGCUGAAGGCGUGCUAAACGGCCUAACAUACCUUCACGGUCGAAAGAUCAUCCACAGAGAUAUAAAACCAUCAAACAUCCUCCUCUGCCGCAACGGUCAGGUCAAGCUCUGUGACUUUGGUGUCAGCGGUGAAUUCGGAACCAAGGGCGAUGCAAACACCUUCAUCGGCACAUCCUACUACAUGGCCCCUGAGAGAAUCACCGGGCAGUCUUACACCAUCACAUCCGACGUCUGGUCCCUUGGAGUUACACUGCUUGAAGUUGCACAGCAUCGAUUCCCCUUCCCCGCCGACGGAACCGAGAUACAGCCCAGAUCGGUCCUCAUCGACCUCCUCACCUACAUCAUUCAUCAGCCUAUUCCAAAACUCAAGGACGAGCCCCACAAUGGCAUCCACUGGAGUGAUAACUUCAAAUACUUUAUCGAAUGCUGUUUGGAGAAAGAUCACCCUCGACGAGCAACCCCCUGGCGAAUGCUAGAACACCCAUGGAUGCUCGAAAUCAAGAACAAAAAGGUCAACAUGGCACACUUCUUAAAGCAAGUAUGGGGCUGGAAUGAUUAG